UCCAAGUUUGAUGAGCGGUGCUGCUUUCUUUACGUCCAUGAUAAUUCUGAUGACUUUCAGAUCUACUUUUCCACUGAAGACCAGUGUAAUAGGUUUUGCUCUUUGGUCAAAGAGAUGAUAACCGUGGGCAGUACGGUGGAACUGGAGGGAGAGACUGAUGGGGACACCUUAGAGUAUGAGUACGACCAGGACGCGCAGGGGGACCGGGUGGUGCUGGGGAGAGGCACGUACGGGGUCGUGUACGCCGGCAGAGACCUGAGCAACCAGGUGCGCAUCGCCAUCAAGGAGAUCCCGGAGCGGGACAGCAGGUACUCUCAGCCGCUGCAUGAGGAGAUCGCCCUGCACAAGCACCUCAAGCACCGCAACAUUGUGCAGUACCUGGGCUCUGUCUCCGAGCAUGGCUUCAUUAAGAUAUUCAUGGAGCAGGUGCCUGGAGGAAGCCUGUCUGCUCUUUUGCGAUCCAAGUGGGGGCCGAUGAAGGAGCCCACCAUCAAGUUUUACACCAAGCAGAUCCUGGAGGGCCUUAAGUAUCUCCACGAAAACCAGAUCGUGCACAGAGACAUCAAGGGCGAUAAUGUUCUGGUAAACACCUAUAGUGGAGUGGUGAAAAUCUCUGAUUUUGGAACUUCUAAACGUCUCGCAGGAGUGAAUCCCUGUACAGAGACUUUUACUGGCACCCUGCAGUACAUGGCCCCUGAGAUCAUCGACCAGGGACCUCGAGGGUACGGAGCCCCGGCCGAUAUCUGGUCCCUGGGCUGCACCAUCAUCGAGAUGGCCACCGGCAGGCCCCCGUUCCAUGAGCUCGGCGAGCCGCAGGCAGCCAUGUUCAAAGUGGGAAUGUUUAAGAUCCACCCUGAGAUUCCCGAAGCCCUUUCAGCCGAAGCCAGGGCCUUCAUUUUGUCCUGCUUUCAGCCUGACCCCCACAAGCGCGUCACGGCCGCUGACCUGCUCAAGGAGGGCUUCUUAAGGCAGGCGAAGAAGGGCAAGAAGAACCAGAUUGCUUUCAGGCCUUCAGAGGGUGCCCGGGGUGCCACCCUGGCCCUGCCCGCGCCGAGGGAGCCCCUGGGCAGCAGCAGCAGCGAACACGGCUCUGUCUCCCCUGACACGGAGGCCCAGCCCGACGUGUUCUUCGAGAAAGCCCAGGCCCCCAAGCAGCAGCUCAGUCACCUGCUCAGCGUCCCGGAUGAGAGCUCGGCCCUGGAAGACAGGGGCACGGCCUCCUCCCCGGAGGACAGGGACCCGGGCCUCUUCCUGCUGCGCAAGGACAGCGAGCGCCGGGCCAUCCUGUACAAAAUCCUGUGGGUGGAGCAGAACCAGGUGGCUUCCCAUCUGCAGGACUGCGUGGCCCAGAGUUCCGAAGAGCUGCAGCUCUCCGUCGGCCACAUCAAGCAGAUCAUCGGGAUCCUGAGGGACUUCAUCCGCUCCCCGGAGCACCGGGUCAUGGCGUCCACCAUCUCCAAGCUCAAAGUGGACCUGGACUUCGACAGCUCAUCCAUCAAUCAGAUCCACCUGGUGCUCUUCGGCUUUCAGGACGCCGUAAAUAAAAUUUUGAGGAACCACUUAAUUAGGCCCCACUGGAUGUUUGCAAUGGAUAACAUCAUCCGCCGAGCGGUGCAGGCCGCUGUCACCAUUCUCACCCCAGAGCUCCGAGCCCACUUCGAGCCCGCCUUUGAGGCUGAGGGGGUAGAUAAGGCCCCGGAAGAGGUGGAAGAGGAUUAUCCCCUGGCAGCCCUGCUUGGAAGAGAAGCACAGGCAGCCUCAGAGGUUUUCCAGGAGGCCCCACAACGCCUGAGCCUCCAACUGGAUAAACUCCGGCAAGAGACCAACAGACUCUUGGAACACCUGCUUCAGAAAGAGAAAGAGUACCAGCACCUUCUACGGCAAACCUUAGACCAGAAAACUCAAGAACUGUAUUAUCUUCAGUUACAGUUCAAAUCUAAUGGUGAGUUACCGUCCGGGUGCUCAUUUGCCUCCCAGUGCAGUGAGGGAUGACGUUGCUAAGAGCGCGUUAAAGACAAGGGAAG